AUGUGUAUAAGUGAUAAAGAAGAAGAAGUAGAAACAACUUCAACAACUUCAACUUUAACUUCAAAUACUAUCAAAGAAGAGGAAGAAGAAGAUGAUGAAUUAUAUUUAAAAGAUAUUCAAUAUCAAGAAUCAAAACAUUUAAUAAUUGAUAGUCAUUGUCAUAUUCAAGAGGAUCAAGAGAUGAUAUCAAUGGUAGAGAAUCAAUCAACUUAUCCAAUGCAUUGUAGUUGGUUAAUGGGAACAACGGUAGAGGAUUGGGAUAGAGUAGAUAGAUAUGCAGACAAGAUGGGUGAUCGUGCACUUCGUUGUUAUGGUAUACAUCCUUGGUUUGCUUAUCAAUAUCAUCCACCAAAGGAAUUAAUCGAUCAAAAAGAUAACGAUGGUCAAUAUCGAAUAGAUGAUAAAUGGUAUAUAGAACUUGAAAAGAGAUUAAUUAAAUAUCCAAAUGCAAUGGUUGGUGAAUUGGGUAUAGACAAGGUGACAAAGGUAAAAGCUACCGGUAAAAAUGAUCUAGACGGUCAAUGGGAAGUACUAAAGAGACAAUUUAAAAUUGCUGUCGAUCAUAAUCGUCUUUUAAGUUUACAUUGUGUACAACUGCAAGGUAAACUAUUAGAUUAUUUCAUUUCUCUACCAUUGGAUCAAUUUCCAAAAAAAAUUGCUCUUCAUACUUUUAGUGGAAAACCAGCAAUGGUAAGAUCAUUAUUAAAAUUAAAAGAUAAAGGAACAAGAUUAUAUUUUGGUAUAUCAUUUAUCAAUUUAUCAUCAUCAAAAGUGUUAAAAUUGAUAGAGGCCAUUCCAGAUGAUCGAUUAUUAUUGGAAAGUGAUCAAAAUACACCAGAAUAUGCUGAAUCUAGUAUUUAUAAAGUAUUGGUUGCCAUUUCAAAAGCUAAAAAUUGGUCUAUAAAAGUUUCAAUUCUAAAUACUCAAAAGAAUGCAAUCGCUUUUCAAAAUAAUUAA